GUGAAAUCAUCACCGACUGCGUGUUGUUACAACAAAGGCUGUUUGUACUGCUGUUGAUGGCUAAAUAAAUGAGCGUGUAACGAGGAGCGUUUACUUCACACUGCGUUAAUGUAGCAGUGUAAGGACAAGCACUACACUUAGUACAAUUAAUAAUAAUUGUGAAGUGAAGAAAAGAAAAGAAGAAUCUGUCCGGGGAUUUAAAUCAUUUCAAAGUAGUAGAAGAUGUCCUGUGUGAGAGCUGUGAGAGGUCUGGCACCCGUCUGUGGCUUUCAGUCUCUCGCUGUUUUAUCUCGUCGUGUCAGUUUCUCUCCGCGCCAAGUCGCAUCGGAUGCCAGUUUUCACUCUGUGUCCUUUUCUGAAUCUGAUCAUCCCAGAGUUCUCAUUACCGGAGGUCUGGGUCAGCUGGGAGUAGGGCUCACCAAACUGCUCAGGAAACAGUUUGGAAAAUAUAAUGUAAUUCUGUCUGAUAUCAGGAAACCUCCAGCUCAUGUUUACCAAAGCGGUCCAUUUAUAUAUUCGGACAUUUUGGACUACAAGAACUUGCGUGAGAUUGUUGUAAACAACCGCAUCUCCUGGUUGAUACACUACAGCGCCCUACUGAGUGCAGUCGGAGAGGCCAAUGUGUCCCUCGCCCGUGAUGUUAACAUCACUGGGUUGCACAAUGUUCUUGAUGUCGCAGUAGAACAUGGGCUCCGUCUCUUCAUCCCCAGCACUAUUGGAGCCUUUGGCCCCAUGUCCCCUCGUAACCCAACCCCGGAUCUGUGCAUCCAGCGCCCACGAACCAUUUACGGAGUGUCCAAGGUUCACGCUGAGCUAAUGGGAGAGUAUUACCAUCACAGGUAUGGUCUUGACUUCCGCUGUCUCAGAUACCCAGGAAUAAUUUCUGCAGACUCUCAACCCGGUGGAGGAACUACAGACUAUGCUGUUCAGAUCUUCCACGAUGCUGUGAAAACGGGUAACUUUGUGUGCAAUCUGAGGCCGGACACGAGACUCCCCAUGAUGUUCAUUGAUGAUUGUCUGAGAGCCACACUGGAGGUUCUGGAAGCUCCUGCUGAGGCGCUGUCCAUGCGAACGUACAACAUCAGCGCCAUGAGCUUCACUCCAGAGGAGCUGGUACAAGAAAUCAGGAGGCACCUGCCAGACCUGCAGGUCACCUACGAGACUGACCCAGUUCGACAAGCCAUUGCUGACAGCUGGCCAAUAGUCUUUGAUGACAGCAAUGCCCGCAGUGACUGGGGCUGGAAACACAACUAUGGUUUGCCAGAGCUGGUUCAGACGAUGCUCAACUUCACUGGCUCAAACUUCAGAAUGCUUCGAGCCAACUGAACACCAUCUGCCAUCAUAUGUCUGAGUUUAGCUAAGGUGUCUGGGACCUAAUGGAACGGAUGGUAAUUGGGCUCUGCAGUAUACUAUGUAAUGCACUGAGAUUAAUGAAGGUCAAAUAUUUUCUUUAUUUUUCCAUAUGUAGCACAUAUUUGCACACUUUUCCUGGUGAAGUAAACCAAAAAUUUACAAGGUUCAUUUAUAUCCUUAUUCUCCUCAAUCGUCUUAAUAACCUUCCUGAUUAUAUAUUAUUUAAUCCUAAAUUUGUUUUGUGGAAUCUUCCUUUUCUGUAGCAAUCAGUUUAAACUAAUUUAGUUUUUUAUCAGUGAAUUUACUAAAUUCUGAACUAUAGGUCAUUUUUUCUGCUAGAAUAAUUUAUACUUCUGUUUAAAUGUUUGGGGUGAGAAAGAUUUUUUUAAUCUUGACAGAAAUUAAUUUUAUUGGGACAGUGAAGACUGGAGUAACGAUGCUGAAAAUUCACUUAUACAUCACAGAAAUAAAAUACAUUUUAAAAUAUUUAUUAUUUUAUUUAUUAUAUAUUAUUAUAUUAUUUGUUAUUAAUAUUAUUACAACUAGUUAAUGGUGAGAACUGGUAGAAAUAUGGUGCUAUUCCUGAAAGGCAUUAUUAGCCUCUUUUGGUUUUAUUAAAAUAACCUAAUAACCUCGUGUAGCUGGAUUAGUUUUUGUUUUGUUUUUUGUAGUUGAGGGAACAUUUGAUCUAAUUAUAAAGACUUGACAUAUGUAACUCCACAAUAUAUAUUUCUGUAUCUUUGAUGUUUGGUUUAGUUAUUAAUGUAAUGCCAGCAAGAUUAUUGAAUAAAUUUUUUAUCAUUUGAGAAUCACUGUGUCUCCUUCAUUUGAUGCAAUCUCUACAACCUUGGCUUGAUUUUGGUCAGAUGAAAUUGCAGAAACAGUUUUAAAAGUAGUGAAACCUCACUGCCAAAAUGUUCAUAUGCUUAAUGAAAUGCAGUCAAUAAAUCCAGAGCUGCUGCUAGUUUCUGUGAUCACUGCAAAUCUUUAGGAACUUCUUGGGAUGUAGGUGUGAAU